AUGUGUGGUAGAUUUAGUCUCCGUGUCGCGCAAGAAGAAAUCGAACAGCUAGAGGGACAUGACGCAUCCCCUGCAGAAUGGGAGCGACGCGACAAUUUCGUCCCGCGAUACAAUAUUGCACCACACACUCAUGUCCCAGUUUUGCGACGUCGCGAACACAACAACUCUGAAGUCAUCUUAUCGACGAUGAAAUGGGGUUUGGUUCCACAUUAUGCCAAAUUUGAAGACAAGAGUCUCAGCACGACGAAUGCCCGAGCAGAGAGUCUCGUGGAUGGUGGUGGCAUGUGGGGUUCCAUUAAAGGCGCGAAACGAUGCGCCAUUCCUUGCCAGGGCUACUACGAAUGGCUCACCAAAGGGAAAAGUAAGCUCCCUCAUUUCAUUAAGCCUAAAGAUGGACGCCUACUUCUCAUGGCGGGUUUGUGGGAUGUCGUGCAACUACAAGGCGCGUCUCAUAACGUUUCCCUACUCCGUUCUCAUCACUUUAUAGACCAAAGCGAGCCGCUCUGGACCUUUACUGUUGUGACAACUACAGCAAAUUCAGCAAUGUCGUGGUUGCACGACCGCCAGCCCGUCAUCCUCCACACCCCUGAAGCCCUUGCAGUGUGGCUCGAUACGUCGUCGCAGAAAUGGUCUACUGAUCUUGUCAAACUAUUGGGCCCAACAAAAUACCCUCUGGAUUGUUAUCAAGUGCCCCCAGAGGUGGGCAAGGUGGGGACCGAAUCACCCACAUUUAUAGAACCAGUGGCCACUCGGAAGGACGGUAUUCAGGCCAUGUUUGCGAAGCAAAAGCCAAAAGCGGCUUCUUCUUCCUCAUCACAAGUCAGGGUUGCUUCGCCGCAAAAGCAAGCUCCAAAGCGGAAGCAUGGCUCUGAAUCUGAAGACGAGAUUGAGAUUCUGGAUGGACCACCAUCGCCAAAGAAAGCUCAACAUUUGCAACCGACUCCGAGUCCCAAGGCAAAAGAAGCUUAG